AUGGGAGAAUUGGCAGGGACUCCAGAUGAAAACUUCACCGCAGAGGAACGGCGCGAGCACCGUAUUUUUCAAGAGCUCCUCAAGUCUGUAGCAGGCCUGGAAGAGCAGUUGAUGCAAGGUGGAGAUGAUGAGGUUGACCUCAUUGCAGAGUUACUCACCAAAGGUGCAUCUGGAGCAAGAGGUGACGACACCAAAAGUCUCAAGGGCAGUGUGCUCGACUGGAUCACCCCAAAGGGACAGAGCCUUGUUCCUCCUCUUACUCGCAACGUGAAAAUUGACCGCGGUUUUCAUCAUGAACGGACAGGCGCGUUGCUCUGUCCUGCUGGCCUUGACUGGUCCAACCUAGAGACGAAAACCAAGCUACAAAGUGGUGAAAUGAUUGUGACUGGAGACCAAUGGUCAUUGUUCUUAUAUGCCGACUACCAUUAUGACUUGGAGGAUCCGUGGAAUGGCUUAUUUCGAAGCGCCCUGCUAGCAUAUAAACACGUUUUCACGUCCCCCAGUUCUGUGGAUAGAGAACCAAGGGCAACUCUUACUCUGCCGUCCAUCACAUAUAUUGCAAUGCAGGUCCAAUUCGCCCUUACCUCAUCCCCUGUGUUCUCACGUACAGACACAGUCACUGACUCUGAACGGUUCUACAACUCCAUCUUAGAUAUUUUCAAAGACCCAGAUGAGAAACAAGAGGUGGACGACCUCGUCGUCUGGUGGAAUAGGCAAAUUUUUCCUUCGUAUUCGACUGCUCAAUGUCCACUUGUUAAGAAUAGUGCGCUGGCAAGGAUUCGAGAAAGGCGGGCAAGAAUGAAAGAGUCGGGUUCAGUCCCUGGUGUGGCAGCUUGA